AUGCCUCGUGGUCAUAAAAGUAAGCUCCGCGCCCGUGAAAAACGCCGCCAGGCCCGAGGUGAGACCCAGUGUCUCAGGGGUGCUCAGGCCACUGCAGCAAAGGAGGAAGGGUCCCCUUCCUCCUCUUCUCUUGUUUUGGAGACUACUCCCCAGAGCUUGCCUGCUGCUGGAUCUGAUGAACGUGCCACCAAGCAAGAUGAAGAAAGCCCAGGCACCUCACAGGCCUCAUCCACCACUGAUCGUUCACGCAAGACCCCUCUAGACCAGAAGGCGAUUUUGUUGGUUCAGUUCCUGCUGCGCAAGUAUAACAUGAAAGAAACCAUAACAAAGGAAGACAUGCUGAAGUACGUCAUCAAAAAGCACAAGGAUCACUUCCAUGAGAUCCUCAGGAGAGCUUCUGAGCUCAUGGUGCUGGCCUUUGGCAUUGAUGUGAAGGAAGUCGACACCACCAGACACUGCUAUGUUCUUAUUAGCAAAUUGCAACGCACCCGUGAUGAGAGGAUGAGUGGUGAGAUUAUGCCCAAGACAGGCCUCCUGAUGACAGUCCUGUGUGUGAUCUUCAUGAAGGGCAACUGCGCUGCUGAGGAAGAUAUCUGGGAGGUGCUUAAUGUGAUGGGAAUAUAUGCAGGAAGGAAGCACUUCAUGUAUGGAGAGCCCAGGAAGCUCAUCACCAAAGAUUUGGUGCAAGAAAAGUACCUGGAGUACCGGCAGGUGCCCAACAGUGAUCCUCCACGCUACGAAUUCCUGUGGGGUCCCAGAGCCCGCGCUGAAACCAGCAAGAUGAAAGUCCUGGAGUUUUUGGCCAAGAUACAUGAUACCACACCCAAUGCCUUCCCAUCCUGGUAUGAAGAAGCUUUGAGAGAUGAAGAAGAGAGAGCCCGAGCCAGAUUUGCUGCUUUGGCUCGUACUAAUGCUAUAGCCAGUGCACGUAUCAGAGUUUCCAGCAGCUACUUCCACCCCUAG